AUGGACAAGUUUCUUAGUGAACUGCCAGCCAAACUGGCGCCCCUGGUCACCUUCAGAUUGCCUAGAGUCGAGUCUGAUAUCUGGCAAUCGACAACAUUCUGGGCCUACAUCUUCUGGAUCCUCUGGCUGCAUCGCUACGUCCGGCUGCUUGUCCACUGUGUCAGCCAUUGGACCUACAAGUCGAAGCCGAUCCCCAGCAAGCCAACAUUUACAAACGACGACGUCACGGUCAUCAUUCCUACCAUUCAUAAUGUGUUUGAGGAGCUCCGCCCGUCGCUGCAAAGCAUCCUGGCCUGCAAGCCUGCCGAGCUGAUUCUUGUCACCACCCACGACAAGCGCAAGGCUCUCGACGAGCUGGCCAGGUCUCUCAACUACCCCAAGGUCCGUGUCAUGCACACGCCCAUUGCCAACAAGCGCCUCCAGGUCUGCGAGGCCCUGCCCAGCGUUGAGACACCCAUCACCAUCAUGGCCGACGAUGACGUCUCGUGGCCGUCGACGCUGAUGCCCUGGAUCCUGGCCCCCUUUGAGGACCCCAAGAUGGGCGGCGUUGGUACCUGUCAGCGAGUCAAGCGUGAGUGGACGGCUCCCUGGUCGGUGCGCAUCUGGAACUGGCUCGGCGCCGCAUACAUUGAGCGCCGCAACUUUGAGAUCUCGGCCACGCACAACAUGGAUGGCGGCACAUCUUGCAUGUCCGGCCGCACUGGAGCGUACCGAUCGUCCAUCCUCAAGAGCCACGACUUCCUCGAUGGCUUCAAGACGGAGAAGUGGAGAAAGUGGAUCCUGAAUGCUGACGACGACAACUUUGUCACGCGAUGGCUGGUGAGCCACCAGUGGAAGACCUGGAUCCAGUAUGAGCGCGAAUGCGAGAUUGAGACAACUCUGGAGAACGGCCCCAAGUUCCUGUAUCAGUGCUCCCGCUGGGCGCGUAGCAACUGGCGAAGCAACUGGACCAGCCUGGUCAAGGAGCGGCACGUGUGGAGACAACAGCCCUGGUGCACCUACGCCCUCCACUUCGCGACCUUUACAUCCAUCGCCUUCAUUGUCGACCCGCUUUUGCUUGCCUCGUGCUGGUGGGCGACGGCCGAGUGGAAUCUGCAGUACCGACACUAUGCCUUUUGGGCCCAGUUCAUCUUCAUGUUCGCCUUCACCAACGACGUCGUCUUUGUUCCCAUCUCCAUCGUCUUUGGAUACUUUCACGGGCUCAUCAAGCUCUAUGCCCUCUUUACUCUUAACAUGACGUCUUGGGGUAGUCGAGCUGACGGCGAUGCAAAUGAUGCGCAGCGGCUCGCGCCGGCGCCACGACCAUCAAAGGUAUUGACGACUCCUCCUGGUGCUACCUCGCUCAUCCGCUACAACGUCCGUCAGAAGGGACGACAGACGCAGACGCGGACCGAGCAGGAUUCGGCGUGGGAAAAGCGUGGAUACGCUGCCUACGAUUCCAGCACUUCGUACAAUCCCAUCAGGGUCGCCUCCGAAAAACAAGAGGACUUUGGCGUGCAACAUAACCACGACCAGCCACACUCGAUGCGAUUCAGCAACACUGCCGAGUAA